AAUUGUGUUUACUGGGUGGAGCUGACAGCAACACAAUGAGUUGCCAGCUCCCCCUCCCAACAGAGCCGCUUUGCUCUCACCAGACUCAGAAUCAGGCGGGCUCACAUGGGCAAAGCUGCCUGCGCUAAAGAAGAGCCACCCGUCAAACUUAUUACAGCAACUACUCAACCUGUUCAACAACCUGCAAUGUGUCCAAACGCAACAUCGCUUCCAAAAACGCGUUCAUUUGUGGAAAAGGUGCAUGUGCCUAUUUGAUUUUUGUUCCCUUUUGGUUAACGUGCGUAAGUUGCUUGUGCGCGUCCCAAUCAAAGCGCACCGGCAGUAUACACGGAAAAAGUGCGGUCAUGGCGUAUCCUCAGGGUUUUCUGUUCCAGCCGUCGGUUUCGCUGGCGCUGCACUCCUGCCCGUCGUUCAACUCCAGCGUGAUUUUAGGACCACGGACAGAGGAGCUCGGACGCUCCUCCUCGGGUUCCGCUUUCGCGCCAUACGCGGGAUCCACGACGUUUAGCAGCUCGUCACCGAGCUUCAACUCCCACCUGCCCUACGGCGGAGAGCCACGGCCGGCGGCAACUUUGAAUUCCUUCGUGGGGCCUGCUUAUGACUCCUCGGCCAUCAGCGGUUCCCUGGACUAUCACCCGUUCGGCGGGGCCCUGGGAGCCUUCCCAUACGGGGACCCCGCGUACCGGAAGAACGCCACCAGGGACGCGACCACCACCCUCAAAGCAUGGCUCAACGAGCACCGAAAGAACCCCUACCCCACCAAAGGAGAGAAGAUCAUGCUGGCCAUCAUCACUAAGAUGACCCUGACCCAGGUCUCCACCUGGUUUGCAAACGCCCGCCGGCGCCUCAAGAAGGAGAACAAAAUGACGUGGACCCCCAGGACCAGGAGUGAGGAUGAGGAGGAGGAUGAUAACAUUGACCUUGAAAGGAACGACGAGGAUGAAGAGCCGAUCAAACCGACCACAGAGGAGAUCGAGUCGAACAACGAUGUUGCUGGAUCCAACCCAGCCUCGAAGCCCGAGACGCACACAGAGUGCCGUGGCAGCAGUAGUGAGACGGAAUGUGGUUCAGCUGAACCGGAUUUGAAAGACCACGGGGAGAGGAGACUGUUCCAGACCCCGGUGCCUGGCACGGGUCUGUCCUACGCUAGCGCCCUGCUGGGGACGCCCCGGGUGUCGGAGUCAGGCCGCGCGGGCAGCCCCACAUCAAAGCGGCUUGUCGUUGAAUCUGGAAGCGGCGUGUCCAGCCAGGCAACGGCUGUUAUCCGCUCGCCAAACCCCGCUGCCCCCAAACCCAAGUUGUGGUCGCUCGCAGAGAUUGCUACUUCUUCGGAUAAUAAAUGUAGAGGAUCUAAUCCCACGAGUACUUCGACGCGGACUCAGUUCCCCCAUGGCGCGCCCCUUUCCAGACGCCUGUACUACACGUCUCCCUUUAUCCCCGGCUAUUCAAACUAUGGCACGUUUGGACACCUACACAGCGGCCCCGGAUCAAAUAUGGGCUCCACGACACAUUUAAACGGAUUACAUCAAACCCUGCUGCAGAGGGCCGAGGCGAUCGCCAGAGACUGUAAACUGCGAAGUCAAACACAGUUAGACCUUGGCAGAGAAUUAACACAGCACCAAGUCAAGAAAGGUUUGGCAAAUGUGUAGAUUUAUCGGACUUUUUAGAUUGACAUAUUUAUUUGGACACAGCCGUAUUUGUUGGAUGCCUUUCUGACCUUUCCUGGAGAUAAAAUAAAGUAAAAAAAAUAAAAAGGAAUUUUCUGAAUGCGGA